UGGGGCAUCCUGGACGAGCGUCGGUGUCCGGCCCUCGCGCCGUGAGUGACCCUGUCGCGCGCGUGCAGGAGGGAGGAGGAGGAAGAGAAGGAAGCAGCAGCGGCAGAACGCGGAGCCGGGCGCUGAAGGAGCCGAAAGAUGGCCAGCGACGCGCUUCAGGUACAGAGUGAGCCUGGGAGCUGGUCAGUGCUGGAGCAACUAGGCCUGGCAGGAGCAGACCUGGCAGCCCCAGGGGUACAGCAGCGACUGGAGUUGGAGGUGGAAAGGUUGCGACGGGAGAUCCGAAAGGAGCUGAAGCUGAAGGAGGGGGCAGAAAACCUGCGGCGGGCAACCACUGACCUCGGCCGAAGCCUGGGGCCAGUGGAACUGCUGCUGAGGGGCUCCACUCGCCGCCUGGACCUGCUGCACAGCCAGCUGCAGGAGCUCCAUGGCCUUGUGGUGCUGCAUGAGCCCAGCCAGGCCCAGCCCCCGCUUGGCCAGGCCCAGGAUGGCCCCCAGUCCCCCAACUGCUCGGCCACCAGUCUGAGUCUGGUGGCCGGCUUGGAGAAGCAGCUGACCAUUGAGCUCAAGGUCAAGCAAGGGGCAGAGAACAUGAUCCACACCUACAGCAAUGGCAGCACUAAGGACCGGAAGCUGCUGCUCACGGCCCAGCAGAUGCUGCAAGACAGCAAAACCAAGAUCGACAUCAUCCGCAUGCAGAUUCGAAGGGCCUUACAGGCGGGGCAGCUGGAGAACCAGGGCUCAGAGGAGUCACAGGGGGGCCCGGACCUGGGGGCAGUGGAGCUGCGCAUCGAGGAGUUAAGGCAUCACUUCCGAGUGGAGCACGCGGUGGCCGAGGGGGCUAAGAACGUAUUGCGCCUGCUCAGUGCUGCCAAGGCCCCCGACCGCAAGGCUAUCUCUGAGGCCCAGGCCAAGUUGACAGAGUCCACCCAGAAGCUUGCGCUGCUUCGGGCAGCCUUGGAACUACGCCUUGGGGAGCUGCCCGCAGAUCACCCCAAGGGGCGAUUGCUGCUGGAGGAACUGGCCAUGGCUUCAUCUUCCGCCUUCAGCGCCCGCCUGGGCCCUUUCCCUGCCACUCACUACAGCACGCUCUGCAAACCCUCGCCUCUCACAGGGACUCUGUCAGUACGUGUGCUGGGCUGCAGUGGACUUCCUGAGACAGUCCCUUGGAGUUCUCCACCUACUUCGGGGAACUCAGGCACUACCGAAAGUCGUACCCCCUUCCUGGGCCGCCCAGCCAGGGGCCUCUAUAGCAGAAGUGGGAGCCUCAGUGGCAGGGGCAGCAUCAAGACAGAGGAACCAACCAAUGAGGUCAGUGCUGUACUCAAGGUAGACAACACAGUGGUGGGCCAGACACCAUGGAAGCCAUGUGGCCAGAAUGCUUGGGACCAGAGCUUCACCCUGGAGCUGGAAAGGGCCAGAGAGCUUGAACUCUCUAUAUUCUGGAGGGACCACCGUGGCCUGUGUGCCCUUAAGUUCCUGAAGCUUGAGGAUUUUCUGGACAACCAGAGGCAUCAAGUGCAAUUGGAGUUGGAGCCUCAAGGCUGUCUUCUGGCAGAGGUCAUCUUCCACAACCCAGUGAUUGAGCGGAUCCCACGGCUCCAGAGGCAAAAAAAAGUGUUCUCCAAGCAGCAGGGGAAGGCUUUCCUUCGAGCCCGGCAAAUGAACAUUGACAUUGCCACAUGGGUGCGGCUCCUUAGACGGCUCCUUCCCAGUGCCAGUUCCACGGGCACUUUCAGCCCUGGAGCCACCACAGCUGAAGGCCGAACCUCAGGGGAUAUUUCCAUUGAGAAGCUGAACUUGGAUUCUGAUAGCUCCGCCCAGAAAAGUCCCCUCGAUCUACUCUCCAGCCCCUCCAGCCUUUCCAGCCCCUCCUCCCUGAGUCCCAGAAGCCAAGAUACUCCACAGCCCCUGGAAUCAAUGCCUGAAGACAAAGAGACUCCUGGACCCACCCCAUCCAGCCCCCUGAGGACAUCCCCACUGAGCCUGAACGACUUCAAAUUCCUGGCAGUCCUGGGCCGAGGCCACUUUGGGAAGGUGCUACUGUCCGAGUAUCUGCCCAGCGGGGAGCUCUUUGCCAUCAAAGCCCUAAAGAAGGGGGACAUAGUGGCCCGGGACGAGGUGGAGAGCCUGAUGUGUGAGAAGCGGAUUCUGGCUGCAGUGACAGGCGCCGGCCAUCCCUUCUUGGUCAACCUGUUUGGCUGCUUCCAGACCCCUGAACACGUGUGCUUUGUCAUGGAAUAUGCAGCAGGGGGGGACCUCAUGCUGCACAUCCACAGCGACGUCUUUACAGAACCUCGAGCUGUCUUCUAUUCAGCUUGCGUGGUGCUGGGGCUGCAAUUUCUGCAUGACCACAAGAUUGUCUACAGGGACCUGAAAUUGGACAACUUAUUGUUGGACACAGAAGGCUAUGUGAAGAUUGCUGACUUUGGGCUCUGCAAGGAGGGGAUGGGCUUCGGUGACCGCACCAGCACAUUCUGUGGGACCCCAGAGUUCUUGGCUCCUGAAGUGCUGACUGAUACAUCUUACACUCGGGCAGUGGACUGGUGGGGGCUGGGCGUAUUGCUCUAUGAGAUGCUGGUGGGGGAGUCCCCGUUCCCUGGAGAUGAUGAAGAGGAGGUGUUUGACAGCAUUGUCAAUGAUGAGGUCCGCUACCCCCGCUUCCUCUCCACAGAAGCCAUUGGCAUCAUGCGCAGGCUACUUCGGCGGAACCCAGAGAGACGUCUGGGCUCUGGUGAGCGGGAUGCUGAGGAUGUUAAGAAGCAGCCAUUCUUCCGGACCCUAGGCUGGGAGGCAUUACUGGCCCGCCAGCUGCCACCGCCUUUUGUUCCUGUGAUCAAGGGCCGAACGGACAUCAGUAACUUCGAUGAGGAGUUUACCGGAGAGGCCCCAGCUCUGACACCACCCCGGGAGGCUCGCCCCCUCUCAGCUGCUGAGCAAGAAGCAUUCAGGGACUUUGACUACGUCUCUAAAGGCUGCUAGUGCUGCCUCUCCCCAAAGGACAAUGAAUGGACUGAACCUUCCACCACCCCAUUCUCUGCAGUUUGUAGUUUUUAAAAGGCCUUUGGGGUUUGCCCCAUCAGAGUA